AUGAAUAAAUGUCAAUGUUCAAUGGAUGAACUCGAAUAUCUUCUUUCAUUGACACCAUCACUAGUCUAUCUCAAACUGAUUUCCUAUAGAAAAUCAAAAUUUGACUUUACAUCGUGUGGAACAUACAAUAGGCAAUUGACUGAACGUUAUGCAAUAUUCGAUCCCGCCUUAUUUGAUGGUUUACGUUGGAAACAAUUCAUUCAGACCAAAUUAUUUCUAUUAAAACAAUUUCAAUUUUUCUUCUCGAAUGUUACUAAUAUAGAUAAUUCUAACAUUAGUGCAACAUCAUUAAUUAUUCCAUUUCAAAGAUCAUUUUGGCUUGAUCAGAAACAUUGGUCGGUUAAUUGUGAUGAGUUUUUAGGAAUUAAAGAAAUUCAACUGUAUACAACACCAAUAUGUGUUAAUGAUUUGAAAAAAGGAAUUAUAUAUCAAGUGUCUGCUAUGAAUAUGAAAAGUCGUAUCAUUUUUAAUAUAACAAAUGAUAUAGACAAUAAUAACGAUCUAAACAACGAACAACCUACACUAUAUCUUGCAUGCAGUAUUAUUCGAAAUGAAUUAAUACCAUUAUUUGUGGAUACAUUAUAUCAUGAUAAGGUAAUCUUCAUUCUUUUUCUAUCAGUUUUAUGGUCAUCUUUUUACUUUCACAGACAUUCACCAAACUUAAGUUUUCCAUGUAUGGAGUUAAAGAAGAAGCGAUACAACAAUGGAUGGA